AUGAAAAGGAAAAAAAAAAAAUCUGCCUUUCUGUAUCACUUGGAAAUUGUUUUAUUUGACAGAAAACCUGAUCGUGAGAGAGUUGAGGACUUUGAUCAUACGAGUCGAGAAUCUAACUAUUUCGGCCUCUCUCCAGAAGAGCGCAGAGAGAAGCAAGCUAUAGAAGAAUCUCGUUUACUUUAUGAAAUUCAGAACAGAGAUGAACAGGCUUUCCCAGCCCUUUCCAGCUCAUCAGUCAGUCAGUCAGCUUCUCAGAGUAGCAACCCAAGCAACCAGAGAAAAUCAUCACAUGUAAGUGAUAGAAAAGGAAGUAGGCGGAGAAUGGAUACAGAAGAACGAAAAGACAAAGACUCUUUCCAUGGACUUAUUCACUUGGAUAAAAAACCUGAGCCAAGCACAUUGGAGAAUGUUAGUGAUAGUAAAUGUGCAAGAGUUUCAUCACCAUCAAAGUCAAAGAAAUUAGAGUGCCCAUCUCCUGCAGAACAAAAUGAAUUCUUGUCUUUUUCUACCUGCCCCCCAUUCUUGAAGAAGCCAGCAGAACAUGUGUCUUUGUCAAAUCCAGCUCCCAUUCUAGUUUCUCCAGAGGUACAUCUAACUCCUGCGGUGCCUUCUUUACCAGCCACUGUGCCAGCCUGGCCAAGUGAACCUACAACUUUUGGACCAACAGGUGUUCCUGCUCAAAUUCCUGUUUUGUCAGUGACACAGACUCUGACCACUGGACCCGAUUCUGCUGUAUCCCAAGCUCAUUUAGCACCCUCUCCAGUUCCUGUGUCAAUACAGGCAGUUAACCAGCCCUUGAUGCCUUUGCCUCAGACAUUGAGCCUUUACCAAGACCCACUCUAUCCUGGGUUUCCUUAUAAUGAAAAGGGAGAUCGAGCCAUUGCACCACCUUAUUCACUGUGUCAGACCGGGGAUGAUUUGCCUAAAGAUAAGAACAUUCUUCGGUUCUUCUUCAAUCUUGGCGUGAAGGCAUAUAGUUGUCCUAUGUGGGCCCCACAUUCUUACCUGUACCCUCUGCACCAGGCCUACCUGGCAGCCUGCAGGAUGUACCCAAAGGUCCCUGUCCCUGUGUAUCCUCAUAAUCCUUGGUUCCACGAAGCUCCUUCUGCUCAGAAUGAAAGUGAUUGUACCUGUACCGAUGCACACUUUCCUAUGCAGACUGAGGCCAGUGUUAAUGGUCAAAUGCCACAGGCAGAGAUUGGACCGCCGGCAUUUUCUGCACCUCUGGUUAUCCCUCCAUCUCAGGUGUCUGAAAGUCAUGGACAGUUGUCUUACCAGGCUGAUCUUGAAUCUGAGAAUCCUGGGCAGCUUCUUCAUGCUGAAUAUGAAGAGUCACUAAGUAGCAAGAAUAUGUUCCCACAUCCGUCCUUUGGACCUAAUCCAUUCUUAGGCCCAGUUCCCAUUGCACCUCCUUUCUUUCCUCCUGUUUGGUAUGGGUACCCUUUUCAAGGAUUCAUAGAAAGUCCAGUAAUGAGGCAGAAUAUUGUCUUGCCCUCUGAUGAAAAAGGAGAAUUGGAUCUGCCUCUGGAAAACCUGGAUCUAUCUAAAGAAUGUGGUUCAGCAGCAGAUGAGUUUCUGGAAGGCAGGGGUGAAGUUGCACAUUCUGUCCCUGAAGAAAGUGUGAGCAAUAAGCUUGAAGGCCGGGUGGAGCAAUCGUCCCAGACACGGAAGGCAGAUAUGGCAUUGGCUUCCAUCCCUCCUGUAGCAGAAGGAAAGGCUCAUCUUCCCAAUCAGAUUCUAAACAGAGAGAAAGAAGCUGUGCCUGUUGAACUUGAGUCUAAAAGGACCACUCAAAGUCUGAAAGAAAAACCAGAAAAAGUAAAAGAUCCUAAGACUGCUGCUGAAGUGGUCAGCCCUGGGGCCAACUCUGUGGAUAGCAGAGUGCAAAGACCAAAAGAAGAGAGUUCAGAAGAUGAAAGUGAAGUGUCUAAUAUUCUGAGAAGUGGUAGAUCCAAGCAGUUCUAUAAUCAGACUUACGGAGGCAGGAAGUACAAAAGUGAUUGGGGCUAUUCUGGUAGGGGUGGAUAUCAACAUGUGAGAGGUGAGGAGUCCUGGAAAGGGCAGCCAAGCAGAAGCCGGGAUGAAGGUUAUCAGUACCAUCGAAAUGUCAGAGGACGACCAUAUAGGGGAGAUAGGAGGAGAUCAGGGAUGGGUGAUGGCCAUAGGGGACAACACACUUGAUAGUUGUUGCUAGAGUAUUUAGAGCAGAAAUCCUUUCUUAGGUGAAUGUUCCUGAAGGCUUUAAAAAAAACACAUUAAAAUAAAAACCCAAAUUGGAACUAUUUCCUCCCCUCCCCCUUGACCCUCACUCUCAUUUUGGACAUGAAAUCAAGGGGGGAGGCAAAUUCCUGGCAUUGCCAUUUUUCUUUAUUCAAAAUCUGAUUUAUUUAUCGGGUGACGGCUCCCGUAAGAAGUAGAAAAUAAGUUUGUUAAAGUAUUUUUUAUAAACAGCUUAGUAUAAUUAGUGUUUGUUCUUUUUCCUUGUAUAAGUUUGACUUCAAGCAUUGGAAAAUAUAUGCUUUAUAGUGUUUACUAAAGUGACAAGAAAAUACACCAUUUGACACACUAUAGAUUCCAAAAUGUAACAUUGCACCAAAUAGAAAUGUAUAUUUUAUUAUGCAAUGCCUUAGUCAUAAACUGGGCUCAAACAAUUCUCAGCCUAAAACACUGUCGUCUUUUAAAAUGCUUCCAACCCAAAGGCCUUUCAUCUCAAUAUCUGUCAAACUUGAAUAAUGUCUUCUCUUUAAUAUUACACAUAAGGCAGCCUAUUAACCUGUGUCUUAGUAAUGUUGUAUAUAGUUCUUUUAAUAUUCAUAGGGUAUAUUUUUGAAUUUUGGUGAGUAUUUGUUUAACUUGAGAUCGCAUACAAGAAUAGAUGUUUAAGAAAUAGUAGGAAAUCCAAUGAAAUGGCUGUUUCCACCAAGAAUUCUUAGCACUGGUGUAAAUAUCAUGGUGCCUACUCGAAAGAAAUGUAGAUGCUAUGCAUUUUGAAAAUAAUCUGCAUCUGUUAAAACUGCAGAAGUUUUUUAAUGCCACUUUAACACUAAUGCACUGACAGAUUCUAAAUAUUUUGUGAGAAGAAAUGUUAAAAAUUUUUAGCUUGACAGGUUUCUAGAGAGAGUUACUGUGUUUUGUUUUCCUCCUUGCACCAUUGGUUAUGUGUAUUACUUUACGUUUGCAUGUUCAACUCGUCAUGGCUGGAACUAUUAGAAAAAAAUAAGAUGAUUGUGACUUCUAGUUCUUUUCUAGAGGAUGCUGCUAGAAAAUGGUUUUGCUUUGUAUUUUAUAAGUUUGUUAUUGUUAGGUAACAUGUCUUUGAUCCUGCUUCCUUCCAAUGUUUGCAGUAUUCACUAGAGGUUCCCUUUGCAUGUUGCACUCUGUUCUCAUUUGGAGAUUGGACUCUGAAUUAACACAGUAUUCAUUCAUCUGUGUUACUUUGUAAAAAUAACUGUAGCUUAUAUUUCUUAUUUGUACAUACCAAUGUGAAAAUCUGCCCUUAAUGUCAAGAUUAUGUUUUGAUCAGGAAGUUUGAGUGCUAUGCAAAUAAUAGUAAUUUCUCUUUGCAUGCCAUGUGUACACAAUAUAUCUAGCCAAAAAUAGAUGUGGUGGUUUUUUUCUUUUCUUUUUUUUUAAAGCAAAUUACUUUAAAUGCAAAUACAAUUCACUUGAAUUUGACAAACUGAAGCAGAUGAGUUUUCUGGGUUCUCUGAUAACCUACAGGAAUGUUUGGAUGCCAGCUAGGCUCAGUGAGAUCUCCACUGUACUGUAAUAAUGGUUAUUUAUCUUUGUGCUAUUUUAAUUACCUAAUGUCUGUUUAACUGCUGAUUUGAGUAGUAAUUAGCAUUUAGAUAAUUUUGUAACAUAGGAUUUUAGAGAGCACUUUGAAAGAUAACAUUAUGAUGGUGCUAGGUAAAAACUUAUAAAGACUGGGAUGGUUUUGUGGAAAGGAAAAUUCUUGAGAGAACCUGUUGAAAGGAAUUUCUGUUGUCACCUUCUAAGCUAGAUAAGUUGUUGAAGGUACUGCUUAAGCCAUUUUUUUCUUAAUAUCAAUUGCUGAAUUAUCGAAUGAGAAGAUUAGAGGGUCCUCCAUUUUCAGCCCAUACUUUUUUAUGUAGGAUUAACUUACCUGAUAAAUUUUAUAAAAAUCACAUUUUGAUAUAAAUAACAGAUUUAAAGUUCAAUAUAAGUUUGAUCUCAGGAGUCCAAAAGAAAUUGCUAUUUCCAUUGUCCUUCAUUUUAUUGACUGGCGUUUCGUCUCAGUUUCUGGAACAGAAGAUUGGAUAGGAAAGCAUACUAUUCAUUUCUUUACCUCAACUGAGAAACAGAAUACUCUAUAGCUCCUGAAAGAAACACUGAUUUGGUUCCUGUUUCCCAUGUGUCAACUCCAGGGCAUAAUGGAAACAGUGCUGAAAGAGAAUUUUAGUGGAUGGUACUAUUCUCAGUGAACUCUGGAAUAAAAGAACUCUGACUUUUGAUAGUUUAAAAAUUAUCAAUCUUUGCAUGAAGGUCAGUUUUGUUUUUUUCCUUUAGGUUUGCUUUAAAAUGUAUAAGUCCAGGGGAUUUUGCCUUAUGCUGAGGUCAAACUAGGGCCAGGCAAGCUUUUUGUCUUCCUUUAACUGUAUGUCAUACUGUAUGUUGACAAAUGUAAUAUUUCUAUAUGAGAAAGGAAGCAAAAGUAUAGAACUCUAAGAAUCAUUUGUAUUUUGAGUUGGAAAUUAUGAAAGUUCACCGUAUUACAAUCACACACAUUUUGAAGAACAAAUGUUUAGACUGACCAAAGCUCUCUUGUUCUUUUUUUAGUUAGGUGCAAAAGCUGAGCUUGAUUCUAUCCUCCUUUCCUUUUAGUAGUAUGUAUCUCUUCUUCAGGUUCCUCUCCUCUUGGAUAAAUCUUCAACUCUUGUCCCAUGUGUUCCUUGGCAACAGGAUGCUGGCAUCUGUGUAGUCCUCAUGCUGUUUACUAGUAACCCACAAGUUCAUUUUCAUGCAGACCUAAACUCAGACCUUGCCUUGACCUGGCAGGUUUCCCAAACCAUAAUGCGGAUACAGCUUAUUUGAUGCAAACUCUAUUUUCUUGCAGUGUGUUGUACCCUUUGUGACUCAAGGUUGAGUUAAAAUGCCUGUGAACUGCAAACUUGAUUGACUUGGUGCAAUAAAGUUCCUUUCUAACCAGACUGGUUUAGAAAACAUUCAGCCAUCCUACAAACUAGCAAUAUUUAUUUUUGCCUCAUUUGUUUUACCUACAGUUUUAGAUGAGGUAAACUUUUUGUCUUUCACUUUAUGGGUACUAAGCAAGGUCCAUUCUAAGUGUAGCUGAAGAGAAUGCAUAUUUGGCUACACUGUUUCUGUUUACUGUAUUUUGUUCCCUAUAUUAUAUCUAAAUGCUAUUUUUGUUUAAAAUUAUAAUGGCUCACUUUCCAGUAUGUCAAUUUCAAAGAACUAAGGUUUUGCUACUAGUGUCAGACAUUUACUCUCCCAUUAAUUGGGAUUUUUUUUUAAGAGAUUUUUUUUUCUCCCCUGAAAUACAAGUUUUAGAAAAUCCUAUAAGAGGGGUGGGUGCAUGUCUUAAUGCUGGGAAACAGCAACUUUAGGGUUGAAUUUACUUGAAUGGAUUAAAAAUUGCAUUGUUACAGAGUUAGAAAAAGUUUAUGUAUGAAAAUGAUAAUAGCCUUACACUGAGUACAAAUAAUACUUAAAAGCAUGUGAAGAUGUGAUCAUUUGUGAUGUUACAUGUAAAAAAAAAAGUAUAUAUACAUAUCUUUUGAAGUGUUGGAAAGGAAAAUAGUACUUUAUAUACUUUAUCAUAUCACUUUUUGUAAGUGUUGAAUAUAUUCCUGUUUAUUUUUCUAUGUUCUGUUUUGUAGCCUUAAGAAGUGUUUCAAACAUAUCUGAAUGUAUAAAAUAAGAGUAAAUGCCCUACAUGGUGUGAUGCUGCAUUAUAUAAAAAACUGUGUGCAUAUAUUAAAUUUUGUCUCUUGA